AUGCCGGGCUUCCCGGGACCCGGUCCUCCGGUGAGGCUGUGCGUGGGCCUCACGUGCAUUCUGUCCCUUUGGAACACAGUGUCUGCUGUGAAAGGAGAAGCCAAGAAGGAAAAGGUGAUGACCCUCCUUCCUCCAACAGUGUCUGGCCUUGGAGGAGAAGAGAGGAAGGAAAAGGGGGUGGCUUUUCUCGACACCACGGAACUGCCCGCAAGGUCAGUCGAUCUGUCCGCGCUGAACCUGACAGAGCUGGUGAACGGGAUGCUGAGCAGAGCUUUAAAAGAUACGAAGAAGUUCUUCUCCCUGCUAAGCAUCACCUCCUACAGUUCCGUGGCCUUCCACAAGUUUUCCGUGGCCAUUUACAACAUUUCUAACCUGAAGGCUGUGGACCCCGCCAGGUUCCCCACCCGGUACUGUUACUGUCUGAACAACCGGACCAAUGACUUAUCAGAUUUCACGGCCCUGCUGGUGGACGUCGUUGGAAAUUCUACCAGCUACCUCACGGAGAUUUUCAAGUCAACCUCAAUCCUCUCAGUGAGUCAGACAAAUGAAUCCGACUGCACCUUCAUCUGUAUGAUGACAGGAAAGUCAGGACGGAACCUUUCUGACUUCUGGGAGGUGGCAGAGAAAUCUCCUGUUAUCAACUACACAUUUACCAGCAGCAUGCCUGGUGGUCCAGGUGAGUCUACCAAGGGCUCGUCUGUGACUUCAAUGCCCAUACCCACAAGCCAGCAAACACUACCAAGGAGAAGCCCCCCACACGGAGCCCAGAGCACCAGAGUGUCCUCUCUGAGAACUGUUCCCUGGACAGAGACAACUCCUCUUGCAAAGGGAGAGCAGACCCAGAACCCGGGAAGCCUUCCUGAGCUUCACUCCAGGACCGCGGCCACGCAGGGCAGCGCCUCCCCAACCCCAGCCUUGGCUACCAGGAGGGUGACCCGGACUCCAUGGGUGACAACCAGCAGUCAGGCGUGGACUUCCAACCUACCUGUGCCCUGGGCUCAGACCAUGGGUGAGAAAGCACCCGGAGGGCCUCCCUGGGAAACAUCGUCCUCCACACCCACAUCUCCUGCAGAGGCCAUGACCACGUGGAGCCUUUCUGGGCCACCUGUUGGGGCAGCGUCCACACAGGGCAGCUCAUCCCAGGCCAGCCCAGCCUCAGGAACCUUCACCCCUGGCACACAGACCCCGAAUCCAACCAAGGCACCAGCCCCUAGAUACCCACAAACAGGUGACGCCCCGUUGGCCUGGCCAUUUGCCCCUGGAGAGGAACCAGCCCUGGCCCCGGGACCCCACCAGGCUUCUAGGUGUCCUCAGCUGCUGGUCGAAGAGGGGACCGUCACAGCCGCUCCCCUCCCCCUGGCCAUCCGGAAGCUCAACCCUUGCCUGAUGGAGCUGUGCCGCUUUUUCCAGCAAUGCCUCUGCAUGAGCCAGAAGAGAGACCCCAGGAUGGAGGCCAUGAGGUACUGUCUUGAAUACUAUUCCUGGUUUCUGAAGAAUGCAACAUACAUCUGUCAGAGGGUGAAAAGGGUGCCCCACUCACACACCUUAAAACAAAAAUGCCUCCGGAAUAUCUGCCUGUCCGUGUGAAAAGAUGAUGGGACCUAACGAUAAACUGGACGACAUCCCUUCACCCUGGCCCCGGCCCAAGUUGGCUGGAUGCGAAGAAUUCACCAGGCUCCAGCUAGAUCAUCAAUUAACUGAAAGAGGUUCUUUGGGGAAGUAGCAAUGCUUUCUCUCCUGUGAACCCUGGGAAGGGGGAAGGCCAAGUGUUAGAGCUGCCCUGAAACCUAAAUCCACGGUCAAGAAUCCCCCGUGAUGCUUACGGCGAUCCUGAGACGGGAGAAAUGGGUUGAGGGGUAUCACAGCAGCCGGAACAAAUGAGUCCAGGCACUGAGACUCUGACACAGUACCCAGAGUGACUUACACCUGGGAUUUUAGGAAGACAACACGAUAAAUUAGGAAAGGGGAGCCCAUACCCUGGAGAGAGUCACGUAGGAUUUCUCUACACCACGAACCCACGCUUGGUUAGAUACAAGUAAUCAGACUUGCUGACCAUGGGAUCCCGAUAAUUCUCCAUGCCCCUAAAUAGCAGGUGAUGAGAACCUUCCCCCGGAGGAAGUGUGGCUUUUCUGUUGUUGAUGUCUUGUGUCGAUUUCUCGUCUGUGGGUCCCGCUGUAUUUGGGGGUCUCGGGUUCCGUGACUCACUAAUAGGAGACUCCCGGAACCAGAACAGCUUUUAUGCUCACAUUUCCUUCUUAUUACAGCGAAAGCCUAGAGAUUAAAGUCAGCAAAGGUAAAAGGUGCAGGGGACAGGGCCCGGGAGAGGCCAGACAUCAGCUUCCCGUUGCCCUCUCCGGCGAAGUUGCAUGGGCAGCACUUAAUCCUUCCAGCAAUGCCAUGUGACAACACGUAUGGAGUAUCAUCAACCAGAAAAGCUCAC